ACAUGAUGGAGGCAAACUUUGAAGAGCAAAGAAAAGACAGAGAAGCUGCCUUGGCUCGUCAGAACACCAUGGAAGACAUGAUCGACAUGAUGAAAUCAUCACUAGAGAGUAGAGAUAAAGAGAUACAACUUCAGCGAGAACAAAUGGACAACCUGAUUGCUACACUGAAGGAGCAGAACAUUGAAGUCGUGCAACAGAUGAAAGACUACGACGAGUCCCUAGCUAAGGAAAAAGCCGCUAAAGCUGCAUUAGAGGAAAGGAGACAGAAAAGUGAGCAGAUAUCCGGAAUGGAGAGCGAAAUAAUGAUAGGUCCUUCCACGAAGCAAACGAUUACUAAGAAAAUGGAAAGGUCUUUGAAGGAAGGCUUCGAUGUGGAGCUAAUGGACACGUUAAAAAAAUUCUUAGAGAACACUUCCUGUGGCAAUGACAUACCUCCCCAACAACUUGAUGAACUGCGCAGCCUCUUAAAUAAUGCAUGCUCCCCAUCUUGGAGAAGUUCUAUAGAAGGAUCUCAACAAGAUGAUCCUUCCCUUUUUAAUGCCUUAGCUCGAGCUCAUAGUUUCGUAAAACCCAUUCUCGAAGAAUACGAAAGAAUUAACACUCCAAGGAGAGGCGAAGUUGUGGAUUUAACUUUUCUUGCUCACGGUGGAGUUUGUAGACCACUACUGAAAUGCAUAUCGCACUACUGGAACGAUGAGCAGAUCGAGUCUAUUAAUCUAUAUGUGCCUUGGGGCUCGAGGCUCGAUGCAAAUGCUGCUUAUGGAAUAGUAACUGGGGAAAUAUCACAAGAUAAUAUUGCCUUCAAUGGUUUCUUUCAUGAAGACCAGCGUUUAACGAAGUGGCCAAACGAUCUCCCGAGGGAUAACACGUUGAUUCCAAAUGUGGUCUUCACUCGGGUCUCACCAUUAGAGGAUGCUUGGAGAGAUAUGCAAGAACUUCAUUCUAUGUUACAACGACAAGCACGCCGUGGCAUUUGUGUACCCUUCUUGCCAGAAACAACAAACAUUGAUGAGUUACCGCUCGUUAUUCUGUGCGUUGCUGUGGCAGUUGCUGGUGUGCAACUAGAUAGAAAGUAUAGGAUCCACAUUGCCUCUUGUUUGUAUCCCAUGUUUGACGAACCACGUAUUUUGGUUCAUCCCACAGUCUUUGAUGAGGUGUUUCCCAGAGUUAACUGCGAUCAGUACUGGAAUAUCCCUAUUUCUGAUCGUCCUGUCACAAUGACCAUGCGUUUUGAUACUGCACCUUCUCCCGAUGUUGAAAAACAAUUUCCUAUUCUUAACGACUAUUUGAAUUGGCCAUUCUGAUCCCUGGAAUCGAAGCCGAUGACGGAUGACGACACAAGAUUUGUAUUGCGCAUGUCUACGAACGAUUUGAUAUAUUCAAUCGCUGACAAUUUUUAUCCAUAAUCUUCGUUUUCGAUCUAUUUGUAGGCGUAAAACUGAAUAGAUAGCGUUUAAUCAUAACACUGCCGACAGGCCUGACAGUGAAGAUAAGUUGUUCUUAGCACAUGUUUUUCUAUACCUUUGAACAAGAAUACAAGUGCUCUCAUUUGAGAGGUUACACACUAGUUCUAUCUGAUCUGAUGUAUGUAAUUAAGAAUAGUUUGUGAGAUGAUAUAUGUUAUAUCACGUAGUGAAAAUAACUAUUAGCAUUUUGAUAAACAAAUAAAGGAAUUAGUUUAUGACGA